AUGAUCGAAACACGGCCACAUUUCCAUGCCCCCUUUUUAGGCGAGCAGCCCCACCCCAAAUCGAUAUCGAGUUGGGAGUCGAAUAUGUGGAGAAAGAAGAGGGAAAUGCCAAGCCCGCGGAAGUCACGGAGGAAAACACGACGAGCGAGGCUACGCAAUGUACCAGAACCCUCAAUCUAUAAUAUCGCUCCUAGAGAGAUGUUCGAAAUAUUGCAGGAAGAUACCCAAAGCCAAUUUCUACCACCUAAAAAUGCAGCCUCCGAUAUCCUCAACGAUAUAGCUCCCGGAGAACGUUGGGAGGUAGCAGUAGGGUAUUUGCAUUUUAAGAACGUUGCCUAUACUCGCGCCAAAGUUCUGAAGCGUAACGUUAUCUCACGCGCGAGAUUUGUCGCCGAGGAGGUAUUCAAAGCAGGGCGUGUGAAGAAAGUGGAAUUGUUCCAAGAAAGCCAGAACAUCCAGAUCACCAAACUCCAAAAUUGA